CUUAAUUCGCUUCACUAACCUCGUGUAAGGUGAACCGCUCGAACCACAAUAGCUACUAACACAACUGCUCCAAUACUCUUUCACGAUUCAAGUGUCAAAAAGUUUACUCCGAGUAACGUGGCGAUAAGGUGUCAAAAAAUGCACACAAAAAUAAAUGGACCGUUAGCAUUAGCGGUUUUGGUUUCGCUUUCAGCUGCCGUUGUCUUGGGCGAUGAUGAUAAAUGGGUAUGGGGAAAAUCCAACGGGCAGACUCGGGCUGAUUCCAGAAUCGGUUCGGCGUCUUCAGACGAAGUGCCGCACGUGGCCAGACCUAUCUUACGAGACGUGACUGAUCGCAGGCCAAAUCUACUCUUCCAACCAGCCAACAAUCCACGGUUGGAUACCAAAUUUUACAGGGACGAGCCCCUGAGAGGGUCUAGGUACGAAGUGAACGAAGACUUUUUGCUGGACCGGGAACCGUUAAUCCAACAGUCGGCAAAUAACGCACCAGCGACUUUCGCAAACAGACCGUUCGAGAGACCAUCGAGGCCUUUGUCUGGAGGUGGACCGGUCUAUCAACCGACGCCGCUGUUGAGGCCGCAGAGACCUAUCGUAGACUCGGUCAAUUCUCCGUCUAAAAGACCUUUGCCGGCGGCUAGUGAAUCAGCCGGAUCUGCUGUGGGCAUUCUUACCGGACCGGUGCCAUCGUGGCAGGGCCCAGCGUUACUCAAGAACGGCGACCCGACCAACUACGAAAAGUGCAAAUGCUCGUUUUCGUUCAAUUGUAAAUCGCCCGGUAUCAAAUUUGGAAGUUGUGACCAAGGAAAGCAAUAUUGCUGCUACAACGACUUUGAUGAUCUUAAUAAUGCGGCAAGCAAGGAAGUCGACAGAUACGGAGUGGGAGACCGUAGCGAGCCCAUACCUUCCGUGCUGGUAGGUCCGGCCGCUAACAGACCUGGCUUGAGGCCAGGUAUAUACGGUCAGGUGGCCAACAAUAAUGAAUUUAUUGACCGGCCAGGUUUUUUGGGUAACAAUGGUUUUCCGGGCGAACCUUUCGUCAACCGGAGGCCGUAUGACAAUUAUAGAACAAACCCGUUUAUAAUUCCGUGAGUUUUAGCGAAACUCUAAAUAAAAAAUGUUAAAUAUACACAAUUCAAUGUUUCCUAAGUAAAAUUCAAAAACGAGUUUUAUUUUUAAUUUAUUUUUAUUAUUUUCAACAAAAAAAUUGUUGUAGAAUAUUUUAAUUGUGUACUAUUUUAUAAUAUAGAAUAGAGAUAUUACACGCUAUUUAUACUAAAUAUAAGUAUUUUUUACUUGAUUAUUGAAUAUUAUAUAUUAUAUUAUAAUUAUUCUCUAUAAACUUUAAAACCCUUAUUGUUUUAUAUUUUAACUCAAUAAUAUUAAUGUAAUGUUUAAUAUUAUUUAUGGUUGCUUGUA